UUGCGUGCGUUCCCGCAGCAACAGGGAAAGAUGGCAGCCCUCACAUCUCUCACCCAGUUGUCAAGUGGGAACCCCGUAUAUGAGAACUUUUACAGACAGGUGGAUCCUGGGAAUACAGGGAGAGUAGGACCAACAGAAGCUGCUCUGUUCUUAAAAAAGUCUGGACUCCCUGACCUCACAUUGGGAAAGAUCUGGGAUUUGGCUGAUCCUGAUGGCAAAGGCCACCUGGACAAACAGGGGUUUUAUGUUGCUUUACGGCUGGUGGCCUGUGCUCAGAGUGGUCAGGAAGUCAGCCUGUCCAGCCUCAACCUAACAGUCCCUCCUCCGAAGUUUAAGGACACCAGCAGUCCGUCUCUAAGCAACACAGCCUCUGCUCAUGGUGAAUCACACUGGGCUGUCAGGCCUGAGGAGAAGAAUAAAUUUGAUGGGAUUUUUGAAAGUUUGGCUCCAGUCAGUGGCCUGCUGUCAGGAGAGAAGGUCCGACCAGUCCUAAUAAACUCCAAGCUACCUCUGGAUGUCCUCGGGAAGGUUUGGGACCUGAGUGACAUAGACAAAGAUGGACAUCUAGACAAAGAUGAGUUUGCAGUGGCCAUGCACCUCGUAUAUCGGGCCUUGGAAAAAGAGCCUGUUCCUGCACUCCUCCCCUCUGCUCUUAUCCCUCCAUCUAAGAGGAAGAAGAGUCUCAGCUCAGUGGCCAGCUCUGUAGCUGGACUGCCUGCAAGUCCUCCACCACCUAAAGAUUCUCUACGUUCCACACCCUCCCAUGGCAGCAUGAAUUCACUCAACAGCGCUGGCAGCCUGUCACCCAAACACACACUCAAGUCUGGACAGCAUUCAGUGAACUGGGUGGUCCCAGUGUCAGAACGUGGUCGCUAUGACGAUAUCUUCCUGAAGACGGAUGCUGAUAUGGAUGGUUUUGUGAGUGGACAGGAAGUAAAGGAGAUCUUCAUGCAGUCUGGACUUUCUCAGAAUCUUCUUGCCCAUAUAUGGGCUUUGGCAGAUACAAGGCAGAUAGGCAAGCUGUCCAGGGAGCAGUUUGCCCUUGCCAUGCAUCUCAUCCAACAGAAAGUCAGUAAGGGCAUUGAUCCUCCACAAGCGCUGACUGUUGACAUGAUCCCACCUUCUGAAAGAGGCACUCCAAUACCGAAUAUGUCAGGAUACAUGACUCCAGUGGGAUCUGAGAUGGCUGCUCUGUCAGAAAUGAGGCGGGCCAUAAUGAUCAAGUUGUGGGACAGCUCUAGUUCAGUGGGUUCAGGGGAGUUCACUGGCAUCAAGGAGUUAGAUGACAUCAGCCAGGAGAUAGCUCAGUUGCAGAGCACUCUUGUCUUUGCCCAGUGGAAUACUCUCAGGGAGAAGUAUACCCUUGAGCAGGACAUCAGGGAGACAGAGGAGGCCAUCAGACAUAAGAGUGCUGAGGUGCAGGAAAUGCAGAAUGACCUGGACAGAGAAACAACUAGCCUGCAGGAGUUAGAAGCUCAGAAACAAGACGCCCAAGACCGCCUAGAGGAGAUGGACCAGCAGAAACACAAACUAGAAGACAUGCUGAAUGAAGUCCGGAUGAAGUGCCAGGAAGAGUCUCAGAUGAUUUCUACCCUUCAGACUCAAAUCCACUCCCAGGAGUCAGACUUGCAGAGCCAGGAAGAAGAACUGAGCCGGGCAAAGGCUGACCUGGGCCGGCUACAGCAAGAGGAGAAUCAGCUGGAGCAGAGCCUGGCUGCAGGCAAGGUUCAGUUAGAGACUAUCAUCAAGUCACUGAAAGCGACCCAGGAUGAGAUCAACCAGGCUCGCAGCAAGCUUUCACAGAUUCAAGACAGUCAACAGGAAGUGUCUAAAAGCAUUGAGCAGUACAAUAGUACCUUGAAUGGAACCCAUAGAGGCAGUAUGACCAACUUGGCUGACAUGAGCGAAGGCUUCAGUGACAGAGAAAAUGGAGGAUUUCCAGCUAUGGUCAGAACAGCACAGGAGGACCCAUUCAAAGUGAAGCCAUCUGUGUUUAACAGUCAGCCUCAGGAGCUUCACACUGACCCCUUCCACUCUGAAGACCCCUUCAAAACAGACCCAUUCAAAGGUGACCCUUUUCAAAAUGAUCCUUUUGCAAAGCAGCCAUCAGCAUCCACAGAUCCAUUUGGAGGAGACCCCUUCAAAGAGACAGAUCCAUUCAAGACUUCAUCAGAAGAUUUCUUCAAGAAGACCACAAAGAUGGAUCCCUUCUCCACAGCAGACCCUUUCAGUAAAAGUGCAACUUUACCCUCCAAGCAAACCACUAACUUCACAAGCAGUGACCCAUUUUCUUCAAGCCACCAAAAACCUAAAGGAUCAGAGUUCUUUGGGACAUUGGACCCCUUUGGCAGCAGUUCAUUCAGCAGCAGCAGUAACAUUUCUGCUGGAUUUGCAGACUUCAGCCACAUGUCAAAACCCAGAGACCCUUUUGAAGGAAGGGCCACCUGGCUUCCAGACUACCAGAAGCCAGUGUUUGUGGACGACCCAUUCAACAGAAAGAAUGACAUGCCAGCUCUGCCUCCCAAGAAAAGUGUUCCCCCCAGACCCAAACCACCCAGUGGUAAGACCACACCAGUGAACAUGAGUGGUCCUUCUGACACUUGCAAACCCUGUGAUUCUUUCAAGCCAUUCAGUGGCGAAGUCAUCGACCCUUUUCAGAGUAAAAAGGGCAUGGGAGACCCGUUCAGCGGCAAAGACCCUUUUGUCUCAUCCUCAGCAUCAAGACCUGACAAAGUCAAGUUUGGAAAUGAGGCUCAGCAGUUGGAGUGGGCUAAGCGUGAAAGUGAGCGAGCAGAGCGUGAGCGGCUGAAGAGACUCAGACAGCAGGAACAGGAGGACCUGGAACUGGCCAUUGCCCUCAGCAAGGCAGAGAUGUCCAACGCAUGACCUGGAGGUUCCACCACAUGUGAAUAUUUAUAUAGCCACAGAGAGGCUAACCUGCAGACAAAGGAGACUGGCUGAAAUAUUAAGACAUGAAACACCACUGAACUAACUCUGCUGCAUACACGCACACUCACACACAGAACCUGCAUUUCCUCACUCAGUGACUUAAUGGAUUGGAAAGAACACAAGAAACUUUCAGGCAAGUCUGAAUGAUGACCCUGCAUUAAAAAAAAAAAAGAGCAAACAAAGAAAACAACAGUACAACAAAAUUGUUGCCCAAAAAGCAUCAUUGAAAUACACUUGCUGACAUGAAAAGGGGAACUGGAGGAUGAAGAGGAGACAAGAGAGCUUGAUAGAAACAACAAGCCAGAGUGUACAUGCUGUAUAGCUGGACAGUAAUAUGAUGGGUCCAGUUACCAAUGAAGCAGACUAGCUGAUCAUUGCAGGGAGAACACAUUGACAGUUUGCAUUUCUGCAUGUAAUUUUUUUUUCCCCAGUUACACUCACCAUGUGGAAACCAUGCUGUUAGUAACAGAAGAGCAAAUAUGGACCUUUUCCUUUAUAUUAACAGUCAGCCAUGGAGAAAAAACAAAAUUAAAAUUGCCCCUGUAAUGCUCAGAAGGGAUUUUUCUUAAUUGGCUAUAUAACUGACUAAAUGAUAGUAUAGAUGGUAUAGUAUAUGUGUCAGUCAUAAGUUGUUUUGCUGGUGGGAUAAUGGUAUAGAAUGAGAUGUUAAAUACAUAUUUGUUAUAGAGAGGCCUAUAGAAAGGACUGGAUUGCUCAGGACUGAGAAUUUUCAAUCAACGAUUUUCAUUAAAUAUUAUUUUUGAGGAAAGAUACUUACACUAACGCUGACUGAGAUGAGAAGUGAAAGUCUCAGUAUUAGCAUAUUUCUGCUGGACACCAUAUUCCUCUGCUUAGUUCUAAGGUAGAUUAAAGUCAGUACUGGAUGCACAGAAAUGAAACUGUUAUUCAUUUUCUCUUAUGACUGACUGAACACAUAUCCCCAGAUAGCAGAUUUCAUUUUAAUUUUAGACAGGGUCUGCUUAGAGAUUACAUACUUUAACCAGAUGAAGAUUCAGGCAGUGUGGGAAGCCAAGAGCCUUACUAUUGAAAGGUUCCACUGUAUAACAGUCUGUGGUCAUUUCUUCAUGGAAUAUUCCUGCCAAGUACUACUGAAAUUCAAAAGGCCUCAAGGCACCACUCACAUUAUUACCAGUGUGUGCUGUAGAGGGGCCUGAGCUGCAAAUGGCUACUCUUGUAACUUAGUCUUCUAAGUCCCCAGUUUUACAUAGUGCUGACAUAAUGUGAAAAUGUUUCCAUGCUACAAAGUAAUGUAAUGUAAUUAAUUAAUGCACAUUAAUGUAAUAAUUACAUAAAUUAAUGUACUUGAUUAAAAAAUUAGGACAUUAAUUCAUGUUGAUUAAUAAAUUAGCACAAACUAAUAAAUAAAUACUACUCAGAGUGGGAGAAAGAUGAUCAUAAUGAGGUUGAGUCCAGCGCUUACCUGUUUUUCUUUUUCAGCAUUAAGUUUGUUACCCAUGACAACUAUGCCUCUUCUCAACAGCUGUACUCUGAUCACAGUGAUGGGAUAUCAUACCACAUCCAGCAAAUGAAACAUAAGCUGGGGGAAUUCAUUUUUUCCACAUUUCAUCUAGUCUGUUUUUUUACUGAUUGUUUUCAGAAACUGAUGGUUUUAGCGCUGUUUUUAUUUGAUGAGUUAGAUUUUUUUUUAAAGUGUAUCCACAGUGAUAUAGUUGUUUUGUGCUAUAAUUUGUAGUUGGGUUUUAGUCACUCCAGUGCUCUGCAGACUGGGAAACACAAGCUGGAGUUUGAUUUGUGACUGGCUGGAAACUGGAAGGAUGUUGAAGACUGCUAAUGCUGAUGUGUCAUAGUUCGAUGUUUGAUAACCACUCACCUUGUGUUUCUUUUAUGAGGUAUUCCUUUACUUGAAGUAUUAACUAAUGUUUAAGGGAGACAGAAGGAAAUUGUUUCUAGAGUUUGUUUAUUUUCUGAACAUCUGUUUUAUCCACUCCCCUGGGCCAUAGAUUUAGAUAUCGUGUUUUGUGUUAAAUGUGCAGUGAGGUUCUGCUGCAAGCAUAUAUGUUAUUCCUACUGCAAAGCAACACUUGUUGACAUUGUCUUUGUACUGUAACAUUGUACUGGAUGCAUUCUGAUAGAACCUAAAAUAUUUCAGUCAUUCUGAAGUCAAUACAAAUUUGUUGCAAUUUAUUAAAGGUACAAGCUCCUCCUGAUAACUUAGGAAAAGACAGGUAUACAGUCUGCUGAACCAGAAGUUUAAUAAAUGAACAGAGUAUUGAAAAGUUCAGGUUGUGUCAGAUUUCAAUCCAAGACUGUGAUGGGAUGGGUUUUUUGCAGCAGCUUCUAAGUGAUGAAUUCACAAAGGAGCGAAAACUCAAGAUAAUGCAGAUAAUGCAGCCACUGAUUCUGCCAGUAAGAAGUGUGAACUGCCUCUCUCUGACAUUUUUUGUGUUGUUUACAUAUCAAGAGUGUUUCCUUUACUAUAGCUAUUACUGAUCAGUGUCCUUGGUAUAUAAUAGGUUCUCCCUCUAAGGCCUCGUUUACACGAUGCCGUUUUCACUGGAAACGGUGUCGUUUUGAUGCAUUUCAGCCUUUCGUUUACACGACAGCGUUUCAGAAACGAUCCGCGGUUACACGAUGACAUGUGAAACGAUGAAAACGAUGU